AUGACUUCCCUCCUGAGAUGGGCCAAAGCCACCUUUCGAAGAGUUCCCUCCCUUCCCCUGUGUUUCCCGACCAGUGGCUUCGAAACAGUCAGUGGGUCUGAACUUGAUGAGGAACGAUUUGAAGAGUUCAAGAAAGGACAAUAUUAUCCUAUCAACAUUGGGGACGUCUUGAGUUCCAGAUACGAGAUCAUCGGUAAACUGGGAUUUGGGGUUACCUCCACCAUUUAUAAGUAUCUAAAUCAAGGAAAUCCAUCACAUCCUGGUUAUGCCCAUGUGAGAAAGGCCCUAGAUGUGUUCACCAUUCCUCGUCCCGGAGGUGGCCAUCAUGAACCCAUGUGGGAGAGUUUCAAGGAUCUACUCUAUCGCAAUCCCAAUCAUCGAUUUACUGAGGACCUACUCAGGGUUGGUCUUAUACAAGUUUUGCUUGCGCUUGACUACCUGCAUACCGAAUGCAAGCUUGUCCAUACAGAAACAGAAGACAGAGCGAUCCUUGAAAGCUUUACAAAAGCUGAAAUGGAGAACCCUUCACCGCGAAAGUUUAUCAACGGAAUACCAGUGUAUGCUUCCCAAUGGUUUGAAUUGCCAAAGACAUUUGGCCAGGUAGUCCUGAGUGAUUUUGGUUCAGCUGUACGAGGAGAUGAGAGGAGAAAUCAUGAUGCACAGCCCAAUGUUUACAGAUCUCCAGAGGUGAUGCUGAAAGCUGAAUGGAGCUACCCAAUUGAUAUAUGGAAUGUUGGCGUCAUGGUCUGGGACUUGUUUGAGGGCAAGCACAUGUUCCAUGGCAAUGAUCCCGAUGGGAAAGGGUAUUCCACCCGUGCGCAUCUUGCUGAGGUGAUUGGCAUUCUGGGGCCGCCUCCCUUAGAUAUGCUCAAGCGUGGAAAACGGAGUCUUGAAUUUUUUACUGAAGAUGGUAUGUAUUAUCUCCCUUUCCCUGAAAGUACGUAG